CCCAAGAAGGUUUCCAUGGUUAAGGCGUGUUUAAUGUUUUUCUUGCUACAGUACCCCCAAGUUUUCCAUGGGCAAGCUCCAGACCCAGAAAAAGAAAAUAAUUACAAAACUGCUUUGGGCCACCUGGAGAAAUAUCUGGAGAAAUCUUCCUACAUAGCUGGAGAUCAACUAACACUGGCUGACAUUUCCAUCAUGGCGUCUCUCUCAAUGAUGCAAGUAUUGGACUACGAUUUCAGUAGCUACCCAAAUCUUACUGCUUGGAUUUCUAAAGUGAAACAGGAAAUUCCAGACUAUAAGGAAGUGAAUGAAGAACCCAUUGAAGCUUUCAAGAACUGGGUGAAAUCUCAACGGGAUAAGUAAAGAUGGCGCUGGUUCAAACUGAUGUACAUGUAUAACCAGAUGUAUCUUUCUAGCACGUUCUCAUUAUUGGAAUAAAAUUUCAAUGUUUUCCGGUUA